GGGGGUCCAAUACAUAACUUUUAUCGAACAAGUAAUAAUUUAAAGUUAACUGUCAUAUAUGUUACACAAUGCCUGAGUCACUUUUAAUAACUUCAAAAUAAUUCAUGCUAAUAAAUUGACAUUAAUAGUAUUUUUACUGCUGAUCAUCUGUUAAGAGCAAUGUUGUUUAAAACAUAAUAUUAAUUCACUUUUGGAAAGGAGAGAGGACUGGGAUGCUUGGCUGCUGCCUUGAUACAGAAACUGCUCCAUCAAUUUAUUUAACACUGGCGAAGGAAACAACUAGUCUAGAUUUAAACUCACUGCAUGAAAAUAUUUCCGGGGGUUUGUAGUAUGCUAUGCGAAUACAAAGUGCCUUGUGAGGCUGUUUGGCGCAUAGACGAUUUCUGGUGAUACAUACAUAUACUGCAUCUUACUGGCGGGGACAUUUAUUCUCACUGUGCCAAAAUUUAAGCAAAGGAUGAGAUAUAAAGGUAGCUACAAUGAAAAAUUAAUUAUUAUGUUUAGUGACUGUAGCUACCAGUACACGGGUUUUUAUGAAACUCGUCUCGUUUAAAUACAGGCAGUCUUUAAACCAAAAAUACGGUAUACAGUCAGUUACCAAGUGUAUACGCUGACACGAACUGACAUGCGGCACUGUGUUUUGUGCCGGUUCCCUGCUUCAGUAUUGAAUCGUCGGGCCGUACUAAACACUGUAAACGUGCAUCGUUUCCUUAUGUAUAAUAAUUUAAAAUGAAAAGUUGGGUUUAGGUAAGAGAGCAGAAAAGAUAUAUUACUAUUUAUAAAUACGUGUUCAUCAACAGCUAAGACAAGCGUCUUGUUUAUCUAAUGCAGCAAGAAAAAGUUAUAAAAAACUGAACUUGAAGUGUCAACGUGUGGUACCCUGUAAUUAAUCAAUUCGCUAGCUGUAUUAUACAGCUGUUGACCUACAAAACGUAUGAGCCGUGCAAAAUGGAGGGCACACAUGGUCGCAACACUGGACUGCAGCCUGCCGUGUCCCACUUUUUGUCCAAACUAGUACAUCUGUCGCAAUGUCACUGAAAUAUACAAUAAAGGAAAUCCGCAAUUCGCCUGCUAUUUAUCACCCGUCACGCACGCAAUGGAACUUCCUCCUCGUUCUUAACAGAAGCGACGGUACCGGUCCAUCCCGAAUAACGCCAUCGAAAUAAACUUCCUUAAAUAUUAGUAAAUGCUGCAGUGGUCUUCGGCGACCUUCUACAUUACACACAGACGCUGAUGUUCCUACAGACUGUGCGGAUUGCUCCACCGAGACUACCUUGUGUUCUUCAAGCUAAUCUAGUAAUAAGAAAAAACGAUCAUUAUACUUUUUAACGUAGAACAGAUUAGCAGUCCGAAACCACAUGAAUGCAUCACACCAAUGUUCACUUCAGUCAGUCAGUGAAACAGUCCCUCAGGUCUGCCACACGGCCAUUGGCAACACUGACUCUUAUGACCCCGCAAACGUCGGGGAAGGUUGUUGUGUUUUCGAUGUUAUAAAUAUUAGGUGAUAUGUUGACUAAGGAAAGGAAAUAUAUGUGAAAGACGGAAUGUCAAGUAACGUGGCUCAUGCAACUUUGAGUCUACAUGAAGAUAGUGGAGCGAAUUGGUGGAAUUAGCUCAUUAUUCUUUCCAGCAGAUGAUGCAGACCACAAUGGAAGGUCCUGAAGUUACUUUCCUCUUCCAAUUUGGACUCGUUAGAGAUACAGUAACUACACCUGCUGGUUCAUUAGGACUGAAGACAUUGAAGGACUUGGCGAGUGACUUCAUCAACAAAAAGUUUCCUGACCAUGGUCUGACUUGCCUUGGUGAAAGGCUGCUGCUGUUCCGCCAUGACCACAGUUCUGCCAACAUCUUACAGUUGGUAAACUCUGCAGCAGAAAUUAUUGAUGAAACACUGGUGGAAAUUGUUUUGACAGCCCAAAUACCAACAGAAGCAGCUCCAUUAAGGCCACACACAUUAAAUGUUCACUCUUAUAAGGCUCCAACUUUUUGUGAUUUUUGUGGUGAAAUGCUGUUUGGACUUGUUCGUCAAGGACUGAAAUGUGAAGGUUGUGGGCUCAACUUUCACAAGCGAUGUGUGGUGAAGAUUCCAAACAACUGUUCAGGGGCAGCACUUGUCUCUGGAGAUCGCAGACGAUCCUCAACCCUUGCUGUUCCACGUUCAUCCUCCCAGGGGUCAAAUUCCUCACUUGCCUCAGAUGACACUUCUCUGGUACGCUUUUCCUCUUCUUCUUUUGUUACAGUUCCAGGUAGUCAAGGAACAAACAGAUCACCCUCACUUGGAGGACGUAUUCGUAUUCCACACACAUUUGUACUUCACUCGUACACACGUCCUACCGUAUGUCAGGUAUGCCGGAAAUUGCUGAAAGGAAUUUUUAAACAAGGGCUACAGUGCCGGGACUGCCACUACAAUGUGCACAAAAAGUGCCUUGAGAAGGUGCCUAAAGACUGUACUGGUGAGAGCCCAAAGGAUGUUACAGGAAGUGAAUGCACUGAUAAUGGAAAUGGAAGUGACUCAGUCAGUAGUCGGUUCAAUGAAGAUAAUGACAGUGACACUGAGUCUAGUUCUCCACCUGAAGCUCGAAAAUCUUCAUCUACAGAAUCACCUGUCAGCAAUGGUUGUGAGGAUCAAAACUGUGAUGAUGCUGAGCCUCUCAUCAAACGACCAACAAGUAUGUCCCCUAGUAACAAUAUUCCUCUGAUGCGAAUUGUGCAGUCAGUGAAACAUACAAAAAAGAGGGGUUCAAAAGUUAUUAAAGAAGGGUGGAUGGUGCAUUUCACUAACAAGGAUCCAACGAGGAAACGACAUUACUGGCGCCUUGACACCAAAUCAUUAACAUUAUUCCAAAAUGACACAAGCUCCAAGUAUUACAAAGAGAUUCCAUUAUCUGAGAUACUUUCUGUGGAAACAGCUCGAAGCCCACAUGGUGAUGUGAUGCAUUGCUUUGAACUCCGGACGGCCAACAUUGAUUACUAUGUGGGUGAAGACCCUCUGCAUCCUGUAGUAAGGGAAGGAAGUGUGGCAAUUCUUCCUCCAGAGGAUUCUGGUGUAGGAGUUCACUUAGCUAAAAGCUGGGAAACUUGCAUUCGACAGGCUCUGAUGCCUGUAACUUCUUCCACCAAUGCAGAUAAUAGCUCAGGUGAAUCUGAUGAAAGAGUGACUGACAUGAGCCAAGUUUACCAGAUUUUCCCAGAUGAGGUUCUUGGUUCAGGGCAAUUUGGAACAGUUUAUGGAGGUGUACAUAGAAAAACAGGUAGAGCUGUUGCUAUAAAAGUAAUUGAUAAAUCAAGGUUUCCAACAAAGCAGGAAGCUCAAUUGAAAAAUGAAGUAUCAAUUUUACACACCAUCUGCCAUGCAGGUGUCGUAAAUCUUGAACGAAUGUUUGAGACUCCAGAGAGAAUAUUUGUUGUCAUGGAAAAAUUGAAGGGUGAUAUGCUAGAAAUGAUUCUUUCAAGUGAACGUGGGCGAUUAAGUGAACGGAUAACUAAAUUCCUUAUAACACAGAUACUUAUAGCCCUGAAACAUCUCCAUAGCAAAAAUAUUGUACAUUGUGAUCUCAAGCCAGAGAAUGUGUUGCUCAGCUCUGACUCUGAGUUUCCUCAGGUGAAAUUGUGUGACUUUGGCUAUGCGCGCAUAAUUGGUGAGAAGUCAUUUAGAAGAUCUGUGGUCGGUACUCCUGCCUAUCUAGCACCUGAAGUCCUUCGUAACAAAGGAUACAAUCGAUCAUUAGAUAUGUGGAGUGUUGGUGUUAUUGUUUACGUAAGCCUUAGUGGAACAUUUCCUUUCAAUGAAGAUGAAGAUAUCAAUGAACAGAUACAAAAUGCUGCCUUUAUGUAUCCAGCUAUACCUUGGAAGGAAAUUUCAUCAGAAGCAAUUGACCUCAUCAAUAAUUUGCUGCAAGUGAAACAAAGGAAAAGAUUUACAGUAGAUAAAUCUCUUGCACAUAUUUGGUUGCAGGAUUACCAAACAUGGUGCGAUUUACGAGAACUAGAGAAGCAGGUUGGCAUUAGGUACCUCACUCACGAGUCUGAUGAUGCACGAUGGGAAAGUUAUCGAAGGGAACGCCUUUGACCAGCCAAAAGUUGGGUCACUGUGGCCAGGACACGCUGGAGACGUUUCAUCAAAACAUGAUGAAGAUGUUCCUGUCAAGCUCUCUAUUAGAUUUUGUAACAUAAUGUUGCAUCUGCAUGUUGCAGAUUUUACUAUUAUGUACUGCAGUUUAUUGAAUUGUUUAUUUUUGUAACAUUAUAGUGUAUAUAAUUACUCAGUCCAGCAAUACUCAUUUACAUAUUUCUUUGCCUUUACUAAAUAAUGGCAGAAAGAAAGUGGUGUGUGUGUGUGUGUGUGUGUGUGUGUGUGUGUGUGUGUGUGUGUGUGUGUGCGUGCGUGCGUGCGUGCGUGCACGCGCAUCCGUGAGUCAGUCAGAGUGAAAGCCCUGGAUGGUUAUGGCUAUAUAUUCAAAUAUGUUACUAAUCCUUUUAUAUUGUAUAGUUGGUAGUAUAUGGUUUGGAUAAGUAAUUUCCUCUCUUACGACAACUGAGGUACGGUUUUGUUAAAGUUGCGAAUGACUAAACAUUUUAUAAUGUGUAAAUUGUGUUUAUGUAAACAGUGAUCCAUUAACCAAUAUUUGUAGGUUUUUAAGUAUAUUAGACACCUUGGGCUCCUGCUUUUUACAUGUACUAUAUCACUUAUUCAUGUACCAGGUAAAUACAUUGACAUCAUAACUGUGACUUUAAUAAUGAGGACCAUAUUUCUCAGUUAAAGAAUGUGUCUCAUCAGUGUUUUCUUGUUUGCACAUCAGUGAUAUUAAAUGUUACCAGUGCAGUCUGAAUUAAAAAUUCAAUAUUCAGCAGUUAUUUCAAAUAGUACAGAAAUUCUGUACGACGACACAAAAUGCGUGCAGUUUAAAAAGUUUCCGAAACAUAAGCAGCUCAUAUAAAAUUUCAUACAUUUUAACAAAUAGUAUGCUGUUAUUAAAUUUUAUGGCAGAUUAAGACUAUGUGCUGGACUGGAACUCAAACCCAGAACCUUGCUUUUCACAGAGAAUACUCUGCCUGAGCUAUCUAUGCAUAACUCGCUGCCUGUCCUUGCAGCUUUGCUUCCGCUAGUACCUCUGUCCUGUGGAGAAAUGGCUUAGCCACAGCCUAAGCUGGAGUGUUUGCAGUUUUGAAUCUUCCUUGCAAGGUAAAACUGUGUUCCACACCAGGGCUCAAACCAAGAUCCCUGCCUUUCUCAAGCAGUGCUUUCACCAUCUCACUUGUCCACGUGUGAGCCACAGUGACUAUGUGGGACUAAUACUAGACAUCAGCUUUCAGCGUUUAAUACUCCUCUGAUUUUGGCCACACAACCAAUAUGACUCAAAGUUUUAAGAUGUCACUUCUUCCAUAUUCCUUAAAAACUGUCUGUUGGCUCUGACCUGAUGCUUUGGAACCAACUCCUAAAGGAAAAGGAUGCAAUAGAGAUUUUAGCUUUCUCAAUGCCUCAGAUUUGUUACUGACACAAAAUUAUCUAUCAGUUAGAAGAAUAUAUACUUGUUAACCAUUUACGACAGGUUAAAACUACUUCCCAUUCCAUUAAUAACUUGACAUUGCUGUAAAACAGAAACACUCCAAUUUUACUGUUGUCUCCAGAGUGCUGGUUCCACAGCAUCAAGAGAAAUCUCUAGGAGACAGAAAAAUUGUAGGUUAUUUGGAUGUUGAAACAUUUAGUUGGUUACUCGGGUGUGCACAGGUGACAAAAUUGAAAUACUAUUGUCUCAAAAGCAUUAUAGUUUCCCAAACACUGUUUUGACUAUUCACAAAUCGUUACAGGUAGACCACUUUAUUGGUUUUAAUCAUCUUAAAAACUUCCAUUAGUCAGGAAUUAUUAAAUACUGUAAGUUAUAAAUUAUUCAGUAUUUAAUGCGCCAGAUAAACUAUAAUUAUGUUCGUGGCGUCGUUUACUAUGUGCACUGCACUAGGUGGCAGACUGGGACCAGGGGAGUUAUUUUCAAAAUUUAAGACUUGGCACCAUUAUUAGUUGCUACAUGUCAUAAUUUUACUGUCUGAUAGACAUUACCUAAUAGAGAUAAUAUGAGAUGACCUGCCUGUAUUGUUCUGUGUUUCCUGAUAUCCACACAUUUAUGUUGACAAUUUCUUCUCCAAAUGUGGCUAAAAAUGCACAGAAAUGAAUAGUAGCCUUAAUACACUGCAUGAAAAUUUAUUGCACUUAUUGCAGAUACUGCAAAAUAAGCUAACAUUUUUAAAGUGACAUUCCUACAUAAAACUGACUGCAUCAAAAUCUGCUCCUUUGUACAACUGAGUAGUUAUUGUAAAGCUUCACUCUUUUUUUUUGCAUAAAAUAUUUCCACAAGAAUACAUCCAUAAAAAAAUUUGGUUAUAAAACACCAAGACACAGUGUCGUUGUGGCCUAAAAGAAGUACUGUAAAUGAUAAAAUUCUUUGAACUGAUCCCCUCAUGGCCUAAAUAUUACACAGAUUAUGUUAACUGUUGCCACUCAUUCGUAUAUCGCACUGAUAAUAAUAAUAAUAAUAAUAAUAAUAAUAAUACAUGUUUGUUAAAACCGGAAAUAUUUUCUUUCUUUUUUUUGUCAUGGAUGUCUAAAAUCCCCCGAAUUCUUUCCCAGCAAUUUAUUAAUACCAUUCCAGUCUCUGUUUACUAUAUCUAUUUACCAAGAAAUUCCAAGUGUACUCUGCUACAUCAGCAACUGUUGAGUGGUAAAAACGAGAGAAAUUUAAUAUGUGGCCACAUGAGAAACAUCAUUUAACCUGUUUUUCCAUCAUGAUAUUUCAAGAGAUGUGUUGUAAAUAGUUCUUCUAAUAAAGAAUUAGCAUAUAAAUAUAAACAUGAUGUCAGUAAAUAAAUAUUUAACUGAGAUAUAUGGUUCUCUGUAUGUGUUUACUUGUUGUGACAUGGAACAAUCUCUGAAGAACAGUUAAAAGUAUAUCAAAAAUUUGUGCUUCAGUGAGAACACAAUGCAUUCAGCUUGUGUAUCUGUCGUGAGUACUUCUGUAAACAUUCUUCAGUAUUAUAGUAUAAAAUUUUUGCCAUAUGUAUGGAUGACACUGGUAGAAUGUGGUAGAAUGCUACAAAAACAUGAAACUGUUUGACGAACUUAAGUUCAGUAUCAUUUUCACUAUAACAGUACUAUUAAAUGUUCAGUUUAAUUUUUUGUACUCAUUUAAAUAUUUUGAUUGUGUAUCAGUUUGUGGUACUGAUUUUAGAAAGAUAAGGGCAAAGAUAUUUGCUUGAUAUUCCGUACAUUAUGUGACAGCUUGGCAGAUGCAUAUGUUUGGUGAGACUCAGACAUUAUGUAUGUGUUGCUCUAAAACUUUUAAUAUUUUAAGAAACUGUUAUUCAUAUUGAUAAUGAUUUCUGUAUAAGAUAUAAUAAGGGCUGAAAAUCUAAUGUGUAUAUUAGACUGGUAAAUGAAGCAUUAUGCUAUGUAUUGCAUACAAAUCACAUAUUCAUCUGUCAAUGUAUUUGAUUUUUCAGUCAUUGUAAUACUGGCCUGAUAUAAUUGCCACAUUGUGAUUGAUUUUCUUUGGAGUUACGGAAGGGAUAUUAUGUAUAUGAAUGUCUGGUAAAUUACAGUAUCAGGAUAUCCAGUUCACUGCGCAUGAAUGCAUACUGUAGGAAAUAUAUUGUUUUAUAACACUGCCAAAGUCGUAUUAUCUUUACAACAGUUUUUAUUCUGUAGGUGUUUUAUAAUUCAGCUCGGAAAAAAAAAGGUGGACUGAAUCAAAUCAUACAGUAUCAAAAUUGAAAUAGUGAUGCAAAAUAUCAACAUUAUUUACUGAAUGGAUGUGUCUUGCCUAUUAUUUUUCAUUAGAGUGAAAAUGAAUUGAACUAAUUUUUUAAUUUGAAGGAAAGAGUUUUUUAAGCAUCGCCUUUAAAUACACAGACAAAAUUAUCAAUUUAGAAAACUUGCCACUUCUUUGUUUGUACAAAUGUAAAAAGGUUACAAAAUGUAUGUCGACCUUCCUUUUUUUUAAAUUUAGUAGUGUUAUUUGAGAUGAUAUAAGUAAUAAACCUGUUUUACAGGCUUGCGGCUUACUUUCGUAAUUGUAUUAAUUUGUGAAGAGAGAUGUCAUUUUUCUGGAAAAAAAUUAUAUUGUUAAAUCUGUAAAUAAUUAUGUGUACUGCAAAUAUUUGAUAUAUAAUUUUAUAUGUUUUAUACUUUAAAAAGUCAAGUAUUGACUUCAUGAUAUUUAAAUAAAUGAAGUUUUUUGUAUUUAUAUCUUUUCAACAAACAAGUGUUAUUUAGGUAAUUUGCAUCUUGUAAAACAGAUACAAAACUAAUUAGGAUGUUGUUCAUCAGUGUGAUGGUCAUUUUUCAUAUAUGGCACCAUGCAUAAUAAAUCUUGCCAUGUUCAUUUUUUUGUCCUACUAACAGUAACUGGUUGAUGCCCUUCAUCUGAACUCUGCAUGCCCUGCUUUUAAGGCUUAAUAUGCUAUGAAGUGAAAUGAAUGGGGCACUGUCAUUCCAUUAAUACAUGUACACAUUGUUGUUAUGAUCUAAAUUUACCCAUUUUAGAGUGAAUUUUGUCUUUCUUAUUAGGAGUUGUAAGCAAACAGUAUCCACUUUUCUCUACAAUUUGCUUCCUCAUUUAAGAGGAUGUGUUUGUUUUUGAAGUCAGUGGAAAAAUAGUAUGUUUUGCAUGAAUUGAUGUUACAAUUUAUUCCAAAACCAUCAUUCUGCUAGUUUGUGGCAUAAGAAAGGCUUGCAUUCUACUAAUGAAUGUUCCAUUCAGUUCACUGACUGUUUUGUGAAUGAAUAGUGCUGUAAUUUUAAGUGUCCUGCAGGAAGAGAUUCAAAGUUACGUAAUUAUUAUUAUUUUUUUUUUUUAAAGAUGCCAUGAAUGAAUGGGGCAUGGAAUAACUGUCUUUAAUUUGUAAUAUGUGAAAUUGCUGUAUGUUCAAAAUCCUAAUGUUUGUGGUGAUGACAUGUUUGGUUUGUGAAUUAGUUUGCUUAAACAUGCUGUUAUUAUUAUAACGUAUAUAAGAAUUGUUGUAGUCUGUCACGGAUUUCCCAUUGCUACAAAGAAACAUUUUUUAUGAUUUGCCAUUCUGAAGAGAAGUUAAAAGAAAUCAGUAUCAACUGGCAGUGGCAAAGUGAUGUAAAUAUAUAUUCUAAUUUGAAAUUUCACAGUGGUAAAUAGCAAUGUUAACCAAAUUACUGGUAUUAUUAAAGGAAUGACAGUUUAAAAUUUUGCAGAUGCUCAAUUUCUAUAACUGUGGGAGCCACAGACACAGUCCACCUACCCAUAUGUGCUCUCUUCGUGCAACAUUCAUUAUCUCAUUUGUUCCUCGGACUGUUUCUAUCAGGAAGCCAUUCGUGUUUUGACUUCUGCAUCUGAAUCAGUCAAAAAAUAACAUGAAAGAAUACAACUAUUGGCAAGUUAAAUCUUUGAAUCGUGCAUCUCUAACUCAAAAACUAAUUGACACUUGUCAUUUGUAUAUUUGGAAAACACAUUUUAAAUAUUAUGUAACCAAAAUUUUUAUAGUAGACUGUCUUUGUGGCACACUCUUUUAACCUCAGUUUCUGUACCAAGUUAUUGAGUACCAGAAAGAAAAUAGCCUCAUCCAAUUUGUUAAAAGAAUUUUUAAAUAUUUGGUUUUGUCUGUCACUGUUAUCACAUGUUGACGAAUAUGUCCACCAAAGCAGAAUGUUGUUCCUUGCAGAGGCAAGUACUGUUUGUUCUUCCAGCAACAAUGAUGUAUUAGUUGAAUGUGUGACAACAUUACACUUUUAAAAAAACUGUUUUCUGAAUUAACUUAGUAACAUGUCAGUGUAGUUAAUUGACUAGAAAACUGUCGUGCUCCUCUUUUUGCAGAUAGACUGUAAUCUAAGCUCACUUGUCUCAACUUAUCAGAUUAUGGAUGGCAAAUUUUGAUACUUUUUAUUAUGCCUAAUGAAAAAGUUACUAUUUUUAAUCUAAUGUAAUUUUUGUUAGGAAGAUUUUUGCAAUAAGCCCACAGAUCUGAACAAUUAUAUCAACCUUAACUUGAACAAUUUGAUUUUUGAAGUUAAGCAGUGAACACAAUAUAUAAUAUGAAGCAUAAUUUUACAUUGUUUU